AUGUUCAGGUUUCAAUUCUUCCUGUGUUUCAGCACAAUCAUCUUCGGGGCGCAGUCCGCAGGGACCAUCUUCAGCUUUGCACCGGAUAUUGCCAAAGCCAGGCACGCUGCUGCUAGUCUCAAGGCUCUCUUCGACCGGACGCCGGAUGUCGAUAGCUGGAGCCAUGAUGGCGAGAUGGUCCAGAGUAUAGAAGGCCAUGUCGAGUUCAGAAACCUCGUUCUGCGAGGUCUCAAUCUGCACGUCAAGCCCGGGCAGUACGUUGCGUUCGUCGGAGCUAGUGGAUGUGGCAAAUCCACUGCAAUUGUCCUCUUGGAGAGAUUCUACGAUCCAGUCCUCGGCGGUGUCUAUGUCGACGGCAAGGAAAUCUCGUCAUUCAACAUCAACAAUUAUCGCUCCCAUCUCGCACUUGUCAACCAAGAGCCAACGCUCUACCAAGGUACCAUCCGUGAGAAUAUUAUGCUGGGUACGGACCGAGAUGACGUUUCGGAAGACGAAAUGGUGCUAUGCUGCAAGAACGCAAACAUCUACGAUUUCAUCAUCAGUCUGCCGAACGGUUUCGAUACCCUCGUUGCUAGAGCAUUGCUCCGCAACCCCAGAAUCCUUUUGCUGGAUGAGGCCACUUACGCUCUCGAUUCAGAGUCUGAAAAACUCGUGCAAGCCGCUCUGGAUACCGCAGCUCAAGGCCGCACGACGAUCGCGGUGGCGCAUCGUCUCAGUACGGUGCAAAAGGCAGACAUGAUCUAUGUCUUCAACCGAGGCCGCAUCAUCGAGUGUGGAACUCAUUCUGAGCUGAUGCAGAAGCGAUCGGCUUACUUUGAGCUUGUCAGCUUGCAGAAUUUGGGCGAAAUGAGAAUCUUCUACCUGGGGAUCCUAAGAGUUCGGCGGUUCUGA